AUGCUAAGUACAAUGGAGGUAAUAUAUACCAUCUUGAUCGCUGGUGAACUGACAAUAGGAGUUUGGGGAAAUGGAUUUAUUGUACUGGUUAACUGUACUGGCUGGAUCAAAAGGAGAGAUAUUUCCAUGAUAGACGUCAUCUUGGUGAGCUUAGCCUUCUCCAGAAUCUGUUUGUUGUGUGUGAUAUCUUUAGAUGGCCUUCUUAUAUGCAUCUCUCCAGAUACAUAUGCCAAUAGCAAGUUAACGAGCAUUGUGGAUGUUUUCUGGACACUUAGCAAUCAUUCAAGUGUCUGGUUUACUUCUUGCCUCAGCAUCUUCUAUUUACUGAAGAUAGUCAAUAUAUCCCACCCACUUUUCCUCUGGCUGAAACUAAAGAUUAACAGAAUCAUCCUGGGGAUUUUUCUGAUGUCCUUCCUUAGCUGUAUAAUCAUUAGUGUUUCAAUGAAUGAGGACUUCUGGGAUCCCUUCAAAGUCAAUCAUAAAGGGGCGCCUGGGUGGCUCAGUGGGAAAACACAACUUAAGGAACUGAAAGUGAGUAAAAUCCCAAGUGCUUUCAAACUGCUUUUCCUGAACCUGGGGGUUAUCAUUCCCUUUGUUCUUUGCCUAACCUCGUUUCUCUUAUUACUUUUCUCUCUAAUUAGACACACCAAGCAGAGAAAACUUUAUGCCACAGGGUCCAGAGACCCCAGCACAGAGGCCCACAUGAGGGCCAUAAAGGCACUGAUCAUCUUUCUGCUUCUCUUCCUUAUGUACUAUGCAGUCUUUAUUAUACUAACCUCUAGCUUACUGAUUCCUCAGGGAGAAUUAGUGGUGAUGUUUGGUAGUGCUAUAGCUGUCAUUUUUCCAUCAAGCCAUUCAUUCAUCCUGAUAAUGGGGAACAGCAAACUGAGGAAGGCUUUUCUGAAAGUGCUAAGGGUUGUGAAAAGUUUGCACAGAGGAAGAAAACCUUUUGUUCUGCAGAGAAUCCUGAAUACAAGGGGAAAGAAAUCAACAAAAGAUCCUCUCCCUUCUCCCAAUUAA